CAGUGAGUCGACGAGAUUAAGCUAAUGUGUGCGGUUUGACAGCUCUGUGUUUAAACGAGCCAGCUGUGCGAACGAUUAGCUGAAUACUUUUGCUGGGACCUUGAAAACAAUUCAACUCUUCCUGCACCCGCUCAGUCCGAAACGAACAGCGUAGAGGUGGAGCCAGUGGUCACGACCGGAGCCAAAAUGGCAGCGACUAGACGUCAGCUGCACACUCGGCACUGAUUCAUCAGAACAACAUCAGCUAGCUGAGUAACUAACUAGCUGCCUGAACACGGAACUGCCACAGACCCGGGCAUAGCUGAAUAUGGCUGAACUUGAUCCGCACGAAGGAGAGCAGGACCUCGAAAAGAAAAUUCAGGAAACGAGGCAGAGAUUCAACAAUGAGUUGCUGCAAGAUUCAGCGGAGAAGUAUGACUCCAGGGAUGUGGAAAGGCUUGAAAAAGAGGAUGCCCUCGUGGAGGGAUAUCUGACGUGGAGGAUGUAUGUGGUUGACGAUGCCUUGAAAAUGAUUGAUGAGAGUCUCCAGUGGAGAAAAGAAUUUGGUGUGAAUGAUAUUCAAGAGAGCACGAUUCCCAAAUGGAUGUUCGAGACUGGGGCCGUCUACCUCCAUGGCUAUGACAAAGAGGGCAACAAGCUCUUUUGGUUUAAGGUAAAGCUACACGUAAAGGAUGCAAAGACGAUCAUGGACAAGAAGAAGUAUGUGGCUUUCUGGCUGGAGCGCUACGCGAAGAAAGAACCUGGGAUGCCGCUCACUGUUGUGUUCGAUAUGACAGAAUCCGGCCUCAGCAACAUAGACAUGGACUUUGUAAAGUACAUCAUCAACUGCUUCAAAGUAUAUUAUCCAAAGUUUUUAUCCAAAAUGAUCAUAGUGGAAAUGCCUUGGAUCAUGAAUGCUGCGUGGAAGAUUGUGAAGACGUGGUUGGGUCCAGAAGCCAUCAGCAAACUCAAGUUUGCAUCCAGAACUGAAAUCUUGAAUUACAUAGGCCCCGAGUACCUGCCACCUCACAUGGGUGGAACGGACCUGUUCAAGUAUAGCUACCCGCCUCUUCCCGACGACGACUUCCAAACGCCCAUCGGUGACAACGGACCUAUUGUUAGCGAGGAUGAGACGGAGAACAAAGAGGGUGAAGCGAAGGGCACAGCUGCCCUUGAGUCCAGCUUCAACUCUGAUGUUGUGGCAAAGCCCAAAAAGGUGAACUUUCUGGAAGACAGCUUGAGGUCAGAGGACAAUGACAGAGGAGACACAUGUCCCAGGACCAAAGGAGCCAGGAAGCCGCUGACCACCUUCAAGGGCACUCUGCUCGAUGUGAGCCCCUCGGAGGAGCUCAGCUUUGGUUGUGGUGACACGGAGAGGAAAUGCCUCAUUAUCUUGGGCAACGUGACCAAAAAUCAUGUGGCCUUCAAGGUACGGACCACAGCACCUGAGAAGUACAGAGUGAAGCCCAGUAGCAGCUGCUGCGAACCAGGCGCUUCAGUGGAAAUCGUGGUGUCCUUACACGGAGGUUCCCAGGCUUCUCCGCAGGACAGAUUUUUGGUCAUGGCCGCAGAGAUGGACAAUAACGGAUCACAAGAGCUUGCACAGUUCUGGAAAGAAGUACCGAAAGCCAAAAUCAUGGAACACAGAUUGCACUGCCAUGUCCUGGAGAGCGGUAAACCUGCAGUGUGUCCUCUCAGGGACAGCCCUGUGGAGACGGGAACCAACGGGCAGCAGGAAUUAAACACGUCGCUCAUGCGAGUGAUGAACUACAGCCAACGACUGGAGCAGAAGCUGAACACGUGUCUGUGGAUGCAGAAGGUUCUCACUGGGCUGGUGUUGGUCCUCGUGGCGCUGAACCUGCUGUGUCUCUACCUGCUGGGUACGUCCCAGCAGCCAUCUUGACCUGCGUCUGUCAGUCGACCAUGAACACACACGCGUAUGGUUUCAUCAGGACCACCGGCGACCACCUGAAGGACGGUCACCCCCCCUCCCAAACCCCCCUAACCACAGCCCUUCCCACAGACUGCUGUGGUAGAGAGGAGCAGGGCUGACUUUAAGGACACGCGAGUCCCUGAGAAGGCAACACGUGAAAAGAGACGGCGCUAGUCUCUUUUUGCAGCACUUUUCCAGACAGUUUUAUUAGCGCCACGUCAAAUCAAUGAUGUGUUUUGUAAGUCGUGGAAAAAAACAAAAACAAAUUAUGUGUAUUUAUUGCAACCAUCACAAUAUGUAGGGAAGAAUAGCUAUUUUUGUGAAAAUAUUGUAUAAUUUUUUUUAAUUAUAUGAAUCUAUACGAUGUGAAAUAAACAAUUUUUGUCAACUAA